GCUGGGAGUGAACCGGAAGUGCAAACGCUCCUGCUUCUCGUCGGCCAGGCGGAACCUGCUCUGCUGGGCCCGGUGGCCGCAAAAGAACUUUCUUUCUCCCGCCCCAGCGGUCGCCGCGGCCAACUGCCUCGCCCGCCUGGCAGCCUUCCACCGCCUUCUCUUCCCCUCUCCAGCUCCGCGCGGCCCUGUCUCCCUCUCGCCCCGCGGUAUUCGCUUGCUGCUACCACCGCCUCCUCGUCUUCUGCCCCGCCGAGCGGCCCGCCCCGCUGCAGUGAUGUGCGACAAGGAGUUCAUGUGGGCCCUGAAAAACGGAGACUUGGAUGAGGUGAAAGACUAUGUGGCCAAGGGGGAAGAUGUCAACCGGACACUAGAAGGUGGAAGGAAGCCUCUUCAUUAUGCAGCAGACUGUGGGCAGCUUGAAAUCCUGGAAUUUCUGCUGCUGAAAGGAGCAGAUAUUAAUGCUCCAGAUAAACAUCAUAUUACCCCUCUUCUGUCUGCUGUCUAUGAAGGGCAUGUUUCCUGUGUGAAAUUGCUUCUGUCAAAGGGUGCUGAUAAGACCGUGAAAGGUCCAGAUGGACUAACUGCCUUUGAAGCCACUGACAACCAGGCAAUCAAAGCCCUUCUUCAGUGAUGGACGGAUGGGCUGCCAGCUCUGGAAGAAGGGCUCUCCCGUGGCCUCACACUGCUGCCUGUCUGUCUGUCACUCUCUAGCUGCCAGCUUCUUCAGCUAAAUACUUUAACAGGGGUGAGGGGAGAGAGAAAUUCAUAACCAGUCAGACCACCAGAAAAAAACAUGUUUGGGAAGAGAGGAAAAAACCGUGAUCAGGCUUUUACUGGGACUCCUGAUCAAGUCUGCCUCUUUUCCAUUUCCAACAAAAUACACAGCUUAUGCCCCAGGGAGAGCAAAGACAAACCAUAGCAGUACCAUUUGACCCUUUCAGCUCCCUAGCUAGUUUAUUCAUGAGAUCAUGUCGAGGGCCUGAUCCUACCGAGGCCAGCUCGCCGAGUGUGGUAGCCAUAACUGUGAGCAGCGGCGGCUGCUGGGACCUAACUCUGGGUGCUGAGAUAAGCAAUCAGCUCUAGCCUUCUGCCUUAAGACGCACUCUCCUGGGGGCCUCCUGGCAUAGUUAAGAGCGCUGUCCGUGGUCGGCGACCAAAUCUUCCCUCAGCGACUUUCAGCUUUACGUGAGAGCUCAGUUAAGGUGAGGGGGCACACUCCUAAAUUGCUGGAUGACUCAACUUUGGAUUUCCUCUCCCCUUUCACAUGGAUUUCAUGUAUCUUUAGAUAAAACUGACUAGUUUUAUUUAUAAAACCUUAAAUUUUGGAAGCCUA